GGAUCUAUUGUUUCCAACCGCUUAAGCGUAGACUUGAAGUUCAAACGACCGAGAUCGUAUCACUUUCCUUCAUUUUCCCACGGUUUCUCUCUCAUUUUCUCUCACUUUCUGGCCCCGGCAAAUUCCGACGAACGGUCUCCAGCAAGAGAAGUUGUUAAAAUUUCAGCUUAAUGCGUUCAGAUCUGGUAUAGAUACUAUUGUCGUACUCAAGAUACUGUAAUGGCGGCUCUGAUAAUUUUAGCUUGAAAUUAGGCUUUGAAUCUGUAGAAAAACUGCUACGACGGAGUUGUGGAAGUGCAAAUUAUAGAUCAAAUCGAGUGAGAAAAUUGGGCUUUGGAAGUACCGGAUUGGAACUUUACAGAGAAGUUUGAAGGGUGGUUGGUUUGGAUCUGAGGGCUCAGUCAUAUGGUCCUCAUCUCAGACGCAUUGUGAAUAAUUUUUCAUUUAGUAUUCACAUUUGAUGCAGAACUUUUGGAUAAUCUAUCUGUAAAGCCAUGCCAGAAAACAUAGUAGUUAACCCUUACAGACAGCAGGCUCAGUAUUGGAAGAUCUGAAUUAAUGUUUCACGAUUUAGGAUCUUGUUUGUUUCGUGCUGAGGAAGUUCAACUAUAUGUUAUUCAUCAUUCCUCACCAGUGCGCUGACUCCGUGGAAUCGUCUCAGGAUGAUGGUUGGUGAUCUAUUGGUUCUUCACAAGUUCAAUUACUAUGGAGUUCAGUCCUAAAACCAUCAAUACAUAUUGGUUUUGGGCAAAAAUGAAGAAAUGGUAUGUAGGCAUUUUAAUUGCAUCCUUGUUUAUGUUGCUCAUUCUAAUGUACGGAGUCAUGAAAAAUCCUGUUGGUGAAAAUUAUCUGUCAAAUCCCUUCUACAAUACAACAAAUCCUCUUGAGUGGAUUAAUUCUGUAGCUCCACCUGUAGUUCAGAUUCCAGAGACUGGUUCUAAAGUGGUUUCUGCCAAUACCAUAAUCUCCAGUCUCUUUCAACCGAGGAACAUCUCCAUUGAAGAGCAGCAAACUAUGCAAACAUGGAACCAUCUGAAACACUUAAUAGGCAAUGCUCAGGUUUUACCUAAUGCAGUAGAGGCAAUUAAGGAAGCUGGACUUGCAUGGAAUAGCCUUAUGGCAUCAGUUGAAGAGGAAAGACUUGCCUAUGGAAAUGAAAGUUCCCAUCGGAGAGGAAAAGACAAACAAUGUCCUCAUUUUCUAAGUAAAAUGAAUGCCACAGGGCUUGAUGAUGGUGGUUUUAAGUUGCAGGUUCCUUGUGGACUGACUCAGGGUUCUUCCAUUACUAUUAUUGGCAUUCCAAAUGGUCUUCUUGGUAAUUUUCGAAUUGACCUAACUGGGGAACCACUUCCAGGAGAGCCUGAUCCGCCCAUUAUUUUGCAUUACAAUGUUAGGCUUCAUGGUGAUAAGAUAACUGAGGACCCUGUAAUUGUACAAAAUACAUGGACUGUUGCUCAUGAUUGGGGUGAAGAGGAGCGUUGUCCAUUACCUGACCCUGGGAAGGUUAAGAAAGUGGAUGAGUUGGAUCAGUGCAACAAGAUUGUAGGUAAAGAUGAUUUGGCAGCUAGUAGGCGCUUCAAUGGUUCAAGAAAGUUUUCAAUUGUCCCAGAAGGAUCUAAGACAAGAACAUAUUUCCCUUUUAAGCAAGGUCAUCUUUCUGUUGCAACGUUUAGAGUGGGAACAGAAGGAAUCCAGAUGACAGUUGAUGGAAAGCACAUAACAUCCUUUGCUUUUCGUGAAACUUUGGAGCCAUGGCUGGUUAGUGAAGUAAGGAUUUUGGGAGACAUAAAGUUAGUGUCUGUCGUGGCCAGUGGUUUACCAACAUCAGAGGAUUUAGAGCACAUAAUUGACUUGGAAGCACUCAUAUCACCACCUCUUCAUUCUCGAAGGUCAUUGGAUCUCUUCAUAGGUGUUUUCUCUACAGCAAACAAUUUUAAACGUAGGAUGGCUGUUCGAAGGACAUGGAUGCAGUUUCCUGCAGUGCGGUCUGGGGCAGUUGCUGUGCGCUUUUUUGUUGGUUUGCAUAAAAACAAGAUGGUGAAUGAGGAACUCUGGAAUGAAGCACAGACAUAUCGAGACAUACAGCUGAUGCCGUUUGUUGACUACUACAGCCUUAUCACCUGGAAGACUGUAGCUAUCUGCAUCUUUGGGACUGAGGUCGUCUCCGCAAAGUUUGUCAUGAAAACAGAUGACGAUGCAUUUGUUCGCGUGGAUGAAGUGCUCGCUUCUUUAAACAGGAUAAAUGUGACUCAUGGGUUGCUUUAUGGUCUCAUCAACUCGGAUUCCAAACCUCAUCGGAAUCCUGAAAGCAAGUGGUAUAUUAGUAAUGAGGUAACUAUUUUCUCAAUUGCACUUCAACAUUCUCAAUUCUGUUUGCUUGGAAAGGUCAAACUUCAAAGUAGAGGAUAAACUCUAUGAAUGCAGUUUUAUUGACUGUUAUUUUGGCCAGAACCACGGUAACAACUAUGGGGUUAGGAAAAUUGUUGCAACCUAUAAUAUUGAAAUAAGGAAAAGAGAUCACGAAAAAUCAUCAUUACAUGAAUGCA